AAUGGCGAACGAAAAAACUAUGAAGGGGAAUAUAGAAGAAUUUGCAGUUCAGAUGAAACGAUUGGUGAACAACAAAGAGCAAAGUGACAUUAAAUUUUUGAUUGGAUCAAACAGAAAACCUAUAUACGCACACAGAUGCAUCCUAGCCAAUCGGUGUGCUGUUUUCAAGGCAAUGUUUCAGGAUCAGGCACAAAGAGCCGGUGUGGUAGAUAAUACUGUUCCUUUUGUUUUGGCAGACAUGACACCGGAUAUAUUUCUCGCUGUGAUGGAAUUUAUCUACACCAACUGUGUCACACUGACACCAAAAAUUGCUAUUGAUUCGCUUGGAAUAGGAUUAGAAUACGGGCUAGAAGAAUUAAGAAAGCUUGCAGGCUGCUAUUUGAUAGAGAAUUUAGCAGUUCACAACGUUUGUGAAUGUCUACAAGCAUCCAUAGUGUUCGCCCAGAAUGAACUCAAAGACGCAUGCAUCUUAUUUAUUGAUGACCACACAGAGGAUGUGUUUAAAUCAAAGGGAUUUGCAGAGCUGUCCGAAGACUCAUUGGUGGAGACAUUAAAGAGCGAUGGUUUAACAAUGGACGAAUCGAAGAUACUGAAAUACCUAAGAGACUGGUCACAAGUGAACUCUGUCGUUCUGAAGAAGCCUUAUGUAGAGAUAGGAAAGAAAGCAGUAAAACAGAUCAGAUUAACACUUUUUACCCCAGAAGAAAUAGAGAAAAUUGAAGUAGAAAAUAGAAAAGAACCCUUUGUACCAAUCGAGUGCUUCAGCGUAGCAUGGAAAUUUCAUGCAACAAAGAAAAGCGACAGUGGUAAUCCUCUUAUGAGAGUGCGUACAGGCACAGAAAGCAGGGAACACCAUACUCACUUGUUAACCGAAGCACCCUCAGCUUAAACGUCGAUAAAUAUGACAUGACCAGUAGUAUUGCUAGGAUGUUUUUUUUCUUCAAAAAAAUCUGUCUGACGGUUGUUUCUUAUUUGACAUUUGUAUUUAAUUGAGUAAGUAAAUUUUGUCUUCAAUAGAGCAAAGGAUUUGGGCCAGGUGAGCUAAAAAGGGAAAGUAAUAAAGUAAUUAUUUAACAGAGUUAUUCUAAGAACAUUUUAUAUAUUGGGAGAUUUGUGUUGAAGCACAGAUAAUCCCUUAUUUCUUAAAUGAUCUUAAAUCGCGCUACUUUUUAUGUCGCAUUCUUAUGUGAGAAUAUUUGAUCAUUUUUAUUAUUUAACGAUGGUAUCUUAACUGUGUUACGCUUUAAAAUGUAUCAAAUAAUAAAUUAAAAGAUAAUUCA